AUGUUGGGAUCAUCAUUUCUCUUGCUGGCCUUUGCCAGCAGCCUGGGUCUGAGCCAGGUUGUUCCCUCUUGCCCUCCAUCAGAUACGCCACCAUGCACAGGCCUGCGGACUGCCGACUUUGACGAUAUCCCAGCCACCACUGGCUUGCUCACGAGCCCGAGCACAUGUCUAGCAUCGUACGAGGCCCUCUCCUACGACGGCUUCAGCGUGUUUUCGCUCGCCCUGGCCGGGGGUGCUUCGCAGCACUUUGCCGGCUUCCAACUCAACCGUGCAGCGCACAGGAUUGACAAAAUCAACUGGGGUGGCGUAUUUAUGCCCAGGAGCUUUGAAUUCUUGUGCGCGCUGCCGACUCUAGGGGUUAACCUCGCCGCUUCAACGAGCUGCACCGUCCGCGUGACACCGAUUGGACCCAACGUGGAGGGCCAGCCCAAGAAUUGUAGUUAUACUACUGGUGGCCUUUUGAGUCCUCUUGUGCCUGCGAGCUGUGAGCUCCCCGACUGGGGUUUCGGCGUCAAUGCCAUAUCUAUUGAGGUGGUCCAGCCUGCUGUGCUCAACACAGUUUAUGCAUUUGGCAUGAGCAACUUUAGUUACGUGGACGCAUGUUGGGAUUGA